ACAUUACCGCCAUCGUCUGGUGUUUAUUAAAAAAUGUUUCAUGCUGGUGUAAACAGUUCCACAUACUGUGCUUGUUUCCAGGGGAACACCUAUCGAGACGGUCUUCCUGAUGCAGAAUACUACUGACGGUGGUCCAUGAUCAUUUGCGUGAAUGUAAUGAGAAACUAGAAGACAGAGGUGUUUUAAGUGUUAUCCCGGGUUGUGUGUUAGCUUGACUCUUGUCUACUUUUGGGUCCCCACACGCUUCCUCAAUGGGCGCACAUUACUGCAACAUAUGUAAGCAAACGACGUUCAACGGAAAGGGACACAUCUUCGGGAAAAGUCAUCAAAGCAGACUUCGAGUUGUUCUUCUCAAGUUCAUAGAAAAAGUAAAGGAAGCUCGUAGAACACUUAAAAAGCCCCAAGUAGAAACAUUUGAUUGCACCCAGCCCAAGCAGACAUUCUGGUGCUACUGCUGUGAGCUUGAAGUUGAAAGAAAUGUCACAGACGGCAACGUGACUGUGCUUUACGGAGGCUUGUUGGAACACAUGGCCACCCCAGAACACAGACAGAAUACACACAAGUUCUGGUGGGAUAAUAAGGCUGACCCCAAGCUUCGAGACAAGGUCAUCAUUACCAAGGAGGAAACUGAACGGUUUAAAGUUGAGGUGGCAGAUGUGUUGGAAUCAUUUGAAGAGAAGGAGGAUGAAUUUAUUAAACAGCAAGCUGAUUAUAUCCGAGCCCAGGAGAAACGUCGUCAGGAGGUCCUUCAGUCUCUUUUAGAGCAUGACGCAGAGGCAGAGUCAUUUAAUGAUCCCAGUGGCCCAGACAAGCCGGCAGAGGUUUCUGUCAGCUCUCAGUUGACAUCUCAGGUAUCACACCAGCAAGCAGGCAGCAGCAGCUUUGUCGACUCAGUGGUUGAAGCGCCGUGGGCUGCAAAUGGACUGACUUUCAUAGGCUAUCAGGAUUCAACAAACAGUGGGAAUGUCCACACAGGUGCUGUCCCUCCCUGGCUCCAGGACGAUCCUCAGGAGGGGAACUCCAGUGCUACUGCACAUCCGGAGAUCGGUCCAUCGCUCCAAGAGUUUCUCAAACAGAAGGAGCAGGAGAAGCUGAGGAAGCUUCCACCAAACCGAGUUGGGGCCAACUUUGAUCACAGCUCACACACAGAUGCUAACUGGCUUCCCUCAUUUGGCAGAGUGUGGAACAGUGGCCGGCGCUGGCAGUCCCGACACCAGUUCAGACAAGAGGAAGGGGAGAAGAACGGACAGAAGAGAAAGCGGAAGCGCAGUGCAGACCCUUCAAAGAAAAAUGACCAAGCAGCAGAGAAAUUCUGACAACACUUAAAACUGAACAUACGUAGUUGGAAUUGUAUGAGUAGUGUAUAUAGUUGUGAAUGAGAUUUUAUACUUUGUUUGAGGUUGUGAGUUUGCUCUGUCUGAGUAUAUCCCUCACAAUAAGAUAAAUAGGGAGUAUUGCAGUAAAGUAUUUAUUGUCUUAAAUAUGGCCAUUAUGUAUAAAUAUGGAGUUAUGUUCUGGUAAUUGUUUUGUAUUAAAACUGAAAGGUACAAUCUCCCAUCACAUCCCCUUACAAAGGUCAUGACUGUUCUGCAGGUUACUUACAUUACAACAUGACAGUUCUGUCUUUUAACCAGCAGGUGGCAUAAGACACUCGACUUACAAAAAAUUAAGAGAGGAGUUGACUUGAAGGGGAUCUGUUGAAGGCAGCAUUUAGAUAUUAACAUGCUAAAAACCUCAGCUGUAUAAUCAUGUUUUUCCAAGAAAACGUUUGAUGUAUGACAAAAGAUAAAUUGUCAGAUGUUGAACUAAAGAAAGGGGGAGCACAACCCUCCACAAUGACUGCUCAGUUUCCCCACAGUGUCGGUACAGAUCAAGAUCUGGAUUUUGAUGGUUUUGUGAGGUUUGGUUACAAGAUGUUAUACAAAGCAGGGAUAUGAACAGAAAUCUGGCAAUGUUACAAGAUAAUUUAUUGUCUGUUUGCACAGAAAAUUGUCUUGUACCACCAUUCUGUCAAACUAAACAGACAUAAGAAAACAUUAGACACAGGACAACAUAUAUAUAUA